AUGGACCGAGACAACAGAAACGAAAAGAGUAUGUUCGACAAAAGAGGAUACAGAAGACACCAAGAGAUGGACUCUGCAAGGACCGUGCUGCCGCUGAACGAGUAUGUUGGGGACAGGGAGCUUCACUCCCGCUUGUCAGUUAGAAACUCAACGCUCAUUGAUCCCGCAGGCCCUGUGGACUCGGGAUAUGCCAAGCUGCGCCAGUGGGUGGACGACUCUUUGGAUUCUUUCAAAAACGAUCUGAGCAAUCUUCUCUUUCCUGUUUUUAUCCACUUGUAUUUAGACAUGAUUUCUAUGCGAAGAGAAAACGAAGCGCUGGCGCUGAUGAACGAGUUCAAGGAAGAUUUUAUAGAAGUGCAUGCAAAUGAAAUAAGACAGAUAGAGAUGGUGCGAGACAUGUCCAAUCUCAAAGAAAACAUGCUGGCCAUGGCCUUUAUCUCAAACAAAUACCACUUGACAAUGGGAAAGUAUGCCUUUGACCUCUUGAUAGACUUUCUUGAGCUCAACGGCCUGCUGAAAAUAGGAAAAAUUGUCAACCAGUAUCUGAACAUAAAAGUGUUCACUGGGAAAAUAGGAGAAGAUGUUGUUGACAUUGGUCUUGUGGGUGUUGCUGAUUUUGACUUUAACAAAAAGGCUAUUUCCAGCGGCGUGCAUUACAUUUCCCCCAAAGUUGAGGAGCUUGUUCUGACGGAAGAGCAGUACAAGUACGAGUAUCUGGACCAGUUUCUCAGCAUUCUAAAGAAAAAGAAGUCUGAAAACGUUCCGCCUUCUUUUGAAAGAAUACCCUCUCCCAACCCGUCUGCUUCGCACAUAGCAUCUGAAAUCGACAAGCUGAGAGAUCUCGCAAAAAGAAUGAACGUAAGCAAGCACCAGAUGCCGAGCAUUUGCUGCUACACUGUGCACAACACGUUUGAUGCUCUUUGCUGUGCUGACUACUCUCCCGAUCUCAAAAUGGCUGCGCUUGGGUACACAGACUCGUACAUUGAAAUACACUCGCUGACUGAUGAAAGCUUGCUGAAGCUUAAGCAAAGCAUAUAUCUUAAAGCGCCUGAAAUGAGGACAGGAAAGGCAGACGAUGCUCGAGACGACAUUGGAAAAGUUGUUCGCCUUGUAGGCCACUCAGGCCCUGUAUAUGCAGUAAAGUUCUUUGCCAGCAAGAGGUUCCUUCUUUCGGCUUCGCAGGAUAGCACAAUCCGUCUGUGGUCUCUUGACACUUACUCCGAGGUUGCAGUGUAUCAGGGCCACUUUUUCCCUGUGUGGUCUGUUGACAUAGCAUCCAACGACUACUACUUUGCCUCAGGCUCCAGCGACAGAACAGCCUGUGUGUGGAGCGUAGAAAGCGCAAAGCCUGUGCGCCUUUUCGCCUCUUCUUUGAGCGAUAUCAUGUCAGUUAAGUUCCAUCCAAACUCAAACUAUCUCUUCACCGGGAGCUGCGACUUCAAAAUCAGGAUGCACGAUCUGCAGGACGGAGACCUUGUGCGUCUUUUUGUUGGCCAUAAGGACGCGGUGACAUGUCUGGAUGUUUCUGCCUGCGGAAAGUAUCUUGUUUCAGGCGGGAAAGACAAAACUGUUAUUCUGUGGGACAUAGCAACUGGCAAAAAGGUCUUUAAGUACAUAGGGCACGACGGGUUUAUUUUCUCUGUAAGCUUUUCUUAUUUCUCGUCUCUCAUUGUUUCUUCUUCUAGCGACAACACGGUAAGGCUGUGGGAUAAAAACAAAGGUGACCUUGUCUCCACAUACUACACAAAAUCAACUCCUAUUAUCAAGGCGGUGUUUGGAUAUCGAAACAUUAUAUCGUGUCUGGGUGCAUACACCCCAAAAAAAUAA